AUGUUGUUCAGAUUCGGGGUCAUUCUGGCUCCGGACAGUGCGGACAUGCAGCUCUUGGUCCUGGGCUCUCGGGAGGAGAUGGGUCGGUGGGACCCGGACAGAGCGGUGCACAUGAAGCCCGCACAGGAGCUCCUGUCGCCGGACGAACCGAACCUGUGGCUCGGCGACGUGCACCUGGAGGAGCCGGUGAAAGACCCGCUGUGGUUCAAGUUCUUGCAAAGGGCCAGAGGCUGCUACACGUGGGAAGGUAGCGGCCCCAGCCAUGACAGGUUCUGUUCAUAUGAUGAGCGGAACGUGGUGGACGGAGUGUACUGCCACCCGAUUUGCCACUGGAUAGAGGAAACUGGACACACAGACGAGAUGAGACACACCACCCGCUUUUAUUUGGGUGUGGCGGGUAAGGCGGCCAUGCAUUUCUCCAGGGUGCUUCCACGUGUUUGGCUUGGCAGCUGCCCUCGACAGGUAGAGCAUGUGACGAUUAAGAUGAAGCAUGACUUGGGCAUCACUGCGGUCAUGAACUUCCAGACCGAGGGUGAUGUGGUGAACAACUCCCACGGCUGCAGACGCGACCCUGGGGAAGCGAUGACGCCGGAGACCAUGAUGCAUUUGUACAAAGACUGUGGCAUGGUGUACCUGUGGAUGCCCACACCUGACAUGAGCACGGAGGGUCGUAUCAGGAUGCUUCCCCAGGCGGUAUUCCUGCUUAAAGGUCUCUUGGAGAAUGGCCACACCGUCUAUGUUCACUGCAACGCUGGAGUGGGCAGGUCGACGGCUGCCGUGUGUGGCCUGCUCAUGUACGUCCUCGGCUGGAGCCUGAGGAAGGUGCAGUACUUUGUCGCAGUCCGGAGGCCGGUGGUGUACAUCGAUGAGGAAGCUUUGGUCCAGGCUCAGGCAGACUUCAUCCAGAAGUUUGGACAACUGAGACCCUCCCUCUCUUACCUGGAGCCAUGA